GCAGCUUUCCCUUUACCGACCGUCGCCCUCCCAACAACUUUCCCUUUACCGAUCAUCUUCGACAAGUCCCAACCAACUCUCCCCUCCUCCAAAUUUCUCAUUACUAUCAACAAGUCGACAACAUGCCUACAAUGCCUACUCCUUUGACUAGCCGGGUCUUUGGACUUAAGAGGAAUCGGCGCCUGCUAGCCAAUUCCCCGAAGGUCAUCUCAAAGAGGCCUUCUGGUCCGAAGCACAUCUACAGACAUGGAGUGAAGUUAACUCUCAUCGAAGCUGUCGAGAUGGGUACCACGAGAAUUUACAUGAAGCCGGGAGCUGGAUAUCUAGAACUUCCUAAGAAGGAACAGAUUGCUUUGUUCCCUCUCCAGAGAAAGUUCGAUCAAGGAAACUCGAUGGUCCCUACCAACUACGAAGUUGUUCGGAGAGACAACAACCAGGUCGAGAAUGGAGAUCUAAUGAUCAACAUUCGGCAUGUCACCCGUGCUCCGGGAAAGGAGAAUGCGUCGUUUUUGCCUGCGUUACGUCUCCAGGACGCUUCCACUACAUUCAAGUUGCGCUUUACCGCCUCGACAUGGGAUGCGGACAACUUCGAUAUCGACCGUUUUGACUUUGCUAACGGAGGCAAGCUCGUGGGAGGUGAGAUGGUAGAGUGCAACGAAUCUUGUCUCUGCAAGAAUAAGUGCCACUGUGCGAACCCUCAGUGGAUUGAGACUCGUCUUAACUGCGAUGGGACACUCAAACAAUAUCUUCACCAUGGAGAUUUCGACGACGAAGCUGCGAUCCAUAAAUCGCACAACCACAACAUUUUUCUACGACCUUGUGGAGUCUCGACCUGCACUAGGUGCGAGGCUAAUGUGUUAGACAACACCUCUCAAUUCCCGUUGGAUGAUUCUGAUUUGAUAUUCUAGACUUUCGAGAAUGACCACCGAAACCGACAUAACGAUCGACUGACUACGGCUUUCGACGUUUCAACUUUGCGCUUUUCUUUCGACACCAUUUCCACUUUGCCUUUUUUUCUUUUUCUUGGCCAACCUACGAAGCUUCGUCAACUCAACAUGAUGGUCUGCGGCACGAUUACCAUCUCCGACAACUUCCGAGUUUCAGUGACGGCC